AUGGCGGAUAGCAUAUACUGUAAUGAAAGAACCAAAACACACGAUAUUCCUCUCUCCCAUUUGGAUUUCACUUAUAUAAAACAGUGUAGCGAGGUGAAAGAACUGGAAAAAAUUAUGAAAACGCUACGAUCUGGCGAGGUGGGGAAGUAUGCGGAACUGGAGCAGUGUUGCGAAAACAGACUUAGAAGCUUGGAUCCAGAAAAUCGCUUGCUCCGUAGUACAAUUCCUCUAGCCACAUGGGGACAACUGGAUGAAGCUGAACGAGAAGAGAUAAAGUUCAGUUUGCAGGAUUGGCUAACACAAAUGAAAGAGGAGGAAGAACAACACUCGGAUGCGCAAGAUGACACGAAUAUCAGCAGUUCCUUACGCAGAAAGGGGGCGAUUUUUGAACCUGAAAUCUGUGAGACUGGAUUGGAAUAUGACACGGAAGUACAACCAAUCCGAAAGGAAGUUUUCUUCAAGGCAGGCUACAAAAGUGCAACUCGGGCUGGUUGUGACGUUGGCACUACUCAAAUGCGGCGGAUCCUAAAGCCAAGAGAUUAUAGCGACUGGGACAAAUUAGAGAAGGAAUGGGACAAGGAAUUGGGCGAGGAUGAAGCGCAUCAGACGGCCCCAAAAACAACCGUCCAAGAGAAAGGUGACAGAAUGGAUGUUUCCGAGACUGAGCUACGUGGAAUAAAUCGACUGAAUUUUAAAGAGCUGGCAAAACGGGUGGUUACUCUACCAGAGCACACGCGGCAUCAACUAGCCACGAAAGAGAAGGAAAAAGGCAACGAAGCAUUUCACGCCGGUGACUACGAGGAGGCCUUGGUGUAUUACAAACGAAGUCUUACAAUUCAUCCCUUAUUGGCGGUGUACAACAAUCGAUCACUUGUAUACCUCCACCAAAAGCGAUGGAGUGCUGCCAUCAAGGACUGUUCGCGUGUUUUAAAGGAGGAACCCGAGAAUUUAAAAGCUUUGUUCCGAAUUGGGCGAGCGAAGUACGAGCUGCAUGACCUGGAUCAAGCGGAGAGUUAUUUGGAGAGGCUGAUUGCUUUGGAGCCGACCAAUUCCAAAGCCCAGAACCUGUUGCGCAAUGUCCGCAUCGCUAAAGCAAAACGGGGCACAAGCCGCCUUGCUGGCGGACGUCGCAUGGUCAUCACUGAGGUGGGGGAUUCAUCCGACUCUUCUGAAGACAAUGAAGAUGGAGCAGUAGAGCGCAGCGAGGAGAAGAGUUCAGCCGAGAAGUCCGAGAUUAUUCAGAUUGGUAGAGGCGAUGGAAACGUUGAGUCACGAGGCGCACCGACCACCCGAACAGUUGACCAGCACGGUGACCCCAGCGUUUCGAAUGGUGAUGAGGAUUGGUCAAAACCAGAUGCUAACACGGAAAGCCCUGAAGCAGCCGCCAUUCCGAAGCUGUCUAAAGUGCGUCGACGCACAGUUUAUCCCCCAACUCGACCGGGUCCUUACGGACGUGAGGGAGUGGUCAUAGAGGAACUGAGCGAUCCGGAGGAGCAGAAGUCAAUUUCACCUGUUAAGAUUAGUGCAGAGGACGUCAACGUAAAAGCUUCAGAAGUAAUAAAUAAUAGCUCAACCACUUUUCCGGUGCAAACUGGACCGAAUGAAGAAAAGCAGGCUAACCAUUGUUCGGAACAGCAAAUUGCAGAGGCGACUUCACUGAUCGAUAGCAUGACUGAAGGUAGCUUGCCCGAGUUGUCAGAGUUAAGAAACAAAGGAAAACAACUACUGCAACAGGGUGACGUACGAGGAGCAUAUGAUGUGUACACAAAGUGCAUCGCAAUGGCCGCGAACCACAGCAAUCAGCUGGCUGCAGCCUACAGGAAUCGGGCUAUCGUAGCGCUGGAGUUAGGUGAACAUCAACAAGCAGUGGACGACUGCACUCAAUCUUUAUUAAUCGAACCAGAAAAUGCUGCCGCGUACUACCGACGUGCACUGGGCAAAAAGAAUAAUUCAAAAGCGGAUCGAUCAGUUGAAGAAUGUGCAUCGUAUCAUUCUCAUCGGAACAGCUCCUACAAUCAGACUUUCCCAGACAAGUACCGUGAAAUAUUUAUACCUGAAAUACAACGUAAUCUGGUACAGGCUCUUGCAUCGAUCCUUGCCUUCAUGGAACAAGAGAACAUACCAUUUGCAGGCGACGGCACAAACAUGAGCCGUGCGCGAAAGUACAUUUUUGACCUCAGAACGGAGAUCGACCGCAGCCCAGACGCGAUCAUGCGAUACGCGUCCACAUCGGACUUUCAAAAGCGGAGAGAAUUUUUCGACAAUUGUUCCACUCUGUGGUCCAAUCCAGCAGUCAAGGAGACACAGUUGAGGGGAAACGAAUUCCAGUUGAUUGACUGUGCACAAUACUUUCUGGAUAAAGUCGACGAACUGCGUGAUAUUCACUAUAGACCUUCCGAUGAUGAUGUGCUUCAAAGUCGCACGAAAACGCUAGGAAUCCACACCGAGACGAUAACAUAUAACAAUGUUAAUUUUGAACUGGUCGACGUCGGAGGUCAAAGGGAACAGAGGGCCAAGUGGAUAGAGGCACUCUCGGACGGAGUGACAGCAGUAAUCUUUCUAACGGACGUCUCCGCCUACGACAUGAUGCUGGCAGAAGACCAUACCGUGAACAGACUCCGCGAAUCCAUAGAUCUGCUAGGACAAGUGUGGACUAAAAGUCCACUAAGGGAUAAAUCCAUCAUACUUUUCCUAAACAAACAAGACAAGCUUGAAAAGAAGGUUCAUGAACAGCGCACACGAUUUGAAACUUAUUUUCCGGAAUACGUUAUCGGCAAAACAGUGUUCCUCAUUGAACUCCUCCGAGAGUUAAAGGAGGCCCGGUCGAAUAAAUCCAGAAAGGAGAACGAGGUUUGGGAUAAACAUUUUGCUUACUAUCUACCUACCGGACGUACUGUACGUCAGACAAGCUUGCGUCAGAGCGCCCACAGUGAAACAUCCAAAGUUGGCUCGAAAGAGGCACAAGUCUUAACGGAAUACAACCAGGUACAAAGUCUAAUGUCCAAAGCGUUUAGCGAUAAUCUAGUGCAAGCUUGGACACUUGAAGGUGAUUUGGACGAAAAUUUGGCCCGACAGCUGUUAACCAAAGAAGAGUUUUUCAACUUUGAGCGUAGAUUACAUUCCAUCCCGUUUUUCCAAGUUGUUUCCAUCACAACUUUUAUCCAAAAACUAUUUGUUUCACGCUGUGACCAGUCGACUGUCAGGCAUGUGUACCCAUUUCCAACCACCGCAAUUGACAAGCGCAAUGUGGACCGCGUAUUCGAGUCAUGUAAGGAUAUUCUACAAGGUAAAGCACUCACGGAUCUAAUGGUCUAA